AUGAAGUGUGGUAAACUAGAGACGAACGAGAAGAUACCGAACAGGCUGGCAAAGCUGGCAAUUGUUCUCUCUUUGAGUUCUCUACUCUUUUUGAUCUCAAUGACUUUGAUCAUCUCGUCGGUGUUGAAUGAAAUGGAAUUAGAAUUGGAUAAUGUUUUUCUGGAUGUUAAUAGAGACGCGAACGAGAUGUGGAGUGAGCUGAUGGCAAUGGGUUCAAGAGGAAAACGACAACUGUUGCCAGCUGAAUACGAAGUUGUCACAGAGUACGCGAUUCCUUACACAACCUCGCAAAACAGCUAUCAACCAAAAUACGGAUAUGGAUAUACAAAGUUGAAAUGUUGUUGUGCGGACUCGUAUGCGAAACCGGGAAUCAAUGAGAAUCUUCCCAUUUCGUACAAAUGUCCACUCGGAUACAAAGGACCACCCGGACCUCAGGGAGAAUCCGGAGAACCAGGCAGCGCCGGAGUCCCCGGCUAUCCGGGAACUCCCGCCACCAAUAUCUACCCUGAGACUAGACUAAGCAGUCUGAAGUCAGCUACUUAUAACUCUUAUCCAUCCGAUCAAUAUGUUUCAUCGAAUCAAUAUGCUCAACCUCAGCUCAAAAUCUGUGAUGAACCUUGCCCAAUUGGUCCUCCUGGGCCUUGUGGGCCUAAAGGUUCUCGAGGCAUUGUCGGUCACAAAGGAAUUCGUGGGGCUUUUGGUGAGCCCGGUAGACCUGGGAAAUCCGGAAAGUGUGGCCAUCAGGGAGAUAUCGGUCCAAGGGGAAUCAAUGGAUUCUCGGGUCCAAAAGGUCCAUCCGGUGCCAAUGGAGUGAAAGGAUGCAAGGGAAGUCCCGGGAGAAAGGGAAUAUCUGGACCAAUUGGAGUGGUUGGGCCUCGAGGGCUGGGAGGACAACCCGGUGACUACGGAGCUCCAGGAGUGCCGGGUCUUUGCGGACAACCUGGACCUAAAGGUCCUCAGGGUAUCGAUGGUGCCUCGGGAAGUGGAGGAGCUUCGGGGAGACCGGGAAAAGACGGGCUUUAUUGUCCAUGUCCACCGAAAUCUCAGCAAUAUUCUCAACCACCUCAACAGCCAUAUCCGAUCCCUUUCGGUCUUCAAUAUGAACAAGUUGUCGGUGGUUCAUCACAAGAGAAUCUCGGCGUUCUUCCCGAUAUUCUUGGUGAUUCCGAGGCCUCGUACACUGGGAUUCCGCGAAAAGCCGAGGAAAAUUUACCUCUGCAAUCCGUUUCAGUCCCGUACUUCGGUGACUCGUUCACAUCUGCCCCUCAACCACCUGCCCCACCACCACAAGAAAUUGCCGACUACAUCGCUCAAAAUUUUGCGAAUGGUGAAGGCGUGAAGAGAGCCGAUCCAAAACCGAGAAGUCCCCGCAAAAAG